AUGUCAGAUUACAGCUUGAUUGACAACCACAUAGAACUGACAAAAAUGUUUUCUGAAUUGGAGGUUCACAUGAAAAACUGUGAACAUUCAAUGAUAGGACUGGUACCAAUAGGAAUCUGUAUGUCAGUGGACGGUGGACUACUGGUUUCCUUGGCAGACGAAGAAUCAGAUUCCUACGAAUUACAGUCACAGAGCAGACGUCUGGUGAGACACAUCACAGUGACACGUGACAUCAUCCAUGAGUAUGAGUACCAGGAGGACGGUCAGACCAAACUUUUUACAUUGCCAUUCAAAGUCACACAGAACAGUAACAGUGAUAUCUGUGUUGUGAACCGUACACGUCCCGCUAAAGGUGAACUAGUGAUUAUGUCUCCCGCUGGUCGUAUGAAGUCUGUCUACCGUGGACAGAACCUGACAUUGAACUUUUGUCCAACUGAUUUAGUGUGCGACUCCCUCUGUAACAUCCUUGUUACUGACCUCAACAAUAAACGGAUUCAUCUGCUGAGUGCUGAAGGGGAGUUCUUGAAGUUCUUACUGACAGAGAAUGAAGUGAACCAACCAUUCUCACUGUCCUUGCACAAGUCUACACUCUGGGUGGGAUACCAUACAGGACUUGUCAAGGUGUUUCAAUACAAAGUGUAA